AGAAACUAAAAGUGCUCUUGGUUCACUGUGUAUUUAUUAAUGUGUAUCACAACUAGCUCAAGAAUCCUACCUGCAGGACAACCUUAAUCGUGGACAGCUAGAAAUUGCUGGAGGUUCUUUCUCUAGCCCAUUCAUUUCCAGGGAUCAAGCCUACAGCUUCACCUAUGAAUCGCCUGUAACUGGUGACCAUCAACAGGGGCAAUCUCCUACAUUGACAUCGUCAUUUUCUUCCUUCCUAGUUAACGACAACACUCCUCGCUCUGCAUCUGAAGGUUUUUCUUUUAGCAACCAUGAAGAAUCGGGUGCAAUAGAGCUCUCAUCAAUGCUAAGAUUUACCUUCUUCAGUCCUAGAAUUGCAGUUGAGAAAGGAGAUUUCUUGUUUGAUGCUAAAGUCACUGACUCGAAAUUGGAUGCAAUUCAUGGAGAAGUACUCUUAGGAAAGCUCCCUGCAUUGUCAGAUACUUUUGUUCCAGUUAACCGUGCAAUAGGAGAAAUGAUGCAGAAGAUAGAAAUUCGACAGGAAGGGUUCAAUGGGUCUAAAUUAUCCAGUAUCCACGGCAGAAGAAAUCACACCAUAGGACUCGGCGAGCUUGAUCAACUUAAUAUCAUGGUCACUGAAUCGGUAAUUCGCUGGGCAUCAUGCAGUCACAUCCCUACCGCCCCAUCACUUAGAUUAUCACUUGUGUGCUAGAGCCUAGAGGCGUGCAUACGCAAUUCGUACCCUGACUGGGCACUUGGGAAGGAUUACCUUGGCAGUAUUAACGAGUUCUAAUAAUGGCCGACACGGAAAGUUCUGGGGAUGUGGGGAACUGAACUCCGAUGACAGAUUUGUGGCUUAAUUUAUGAGGUUUCUAAAAAAUUGCAAUAUGUGAGUACAUAACAUAAGUAGCACAUAAUCAAAUUUCAAAUGCGUU